AUGAGGAUUUUUAGACCGUGGAGACUGCGCUGCCCUGCCUUGCACCUGCCCUCACUUCCCGUGUUCUCACUCAAGUGGAGAUUGCCCUCCCUUGCCACUGACGAGACCAUGUGUAAAAGUGUGACCACAGGUGAAUGGAAGAAAAUCUUCUACGAGAAGAUGGAGGCGGCAAAGCCGGCUGACAGCUGGGACCUCAUCAUCGAUCCCAACCUCAAGCACAAUGUGCUAGCCCCAGGCUGGAAGCAGUACCUGGAGUUGCAUGCCUCAGGCAGGUUCCACUGCUCCUGGUGCUGGCAUACCUGGCAGUCGCCCCACGUGGUCAUCCUCUUCCACAUGUACCUGGACCGCGCGCAGCGGGCGGGCUCGGUGCGCAUGCGCGUCUUCAAGCAGCUGUGCUACAAGUGCGGCACGGCGCGGCUGGACGAGUCGAGCAUGCUGGAGGAGAACAUCGAGAGCCUGGUGGACAACCUCAUCACCAGCCUGCGCGAGCAGUGCUAUGAGGAGAGAAACGGCCAGUACCGCAUCCACAUGGCCAGCCGCCAAGACAACCGGCGGCACCGCGGAGAGUUCUGCGAGGCCUGCCAGGAGGGCAUCGUGCACUGGAAGCCCAGCGAGAAGCUGCUGGAGGAGGAGGCGACAACCUACACCUUCUCCCGGGCUCCCAGCCCCACCAAGACGCAGGCCGAGGCGGGUUCUGGCUGCAAUUUCUGCUCCAUCCCCUGGUGCUUGUUUUGGGCCACGGUCCUGUUGCUGAUCAUCUACCUGCAGUUCUCCUUCCACAGCUCCGUCUAA